AUGGAGGUGACCACCGUGUCCCCCCCUGCCAUCUCACCCACUGAAGGAGAUGAUCUGUCUGAAACAGAUGUCUCCAGCAUGGCCAUACACAGUGUGACACUGCUCAUCUGCCUCUGGAACGGGGUUGUCAUCUGCCUCCUCACAGUGAAAAGCGGUAAUUAUCGCAUGUUUAACCUGGCUGUUGCUGACUUCCUCUUCCUUCUCUUCACAGUCCCCUCUGCCCUCCUCUUCCUGGUGGAGGAUGCCUCCUGCUCCUCUAUUGUGCCCCUACUGUACCAGAAUUUCUUUUUCCAGCUUACAGUGGUCUCCUACUACUGGGGGUUAUUCCAGCUGAUACCCAUGAGCAAUGUGCAGUAUAUAUACGUGUCCUGCAAGCUCUGCUGCCACUGGGACCUUCCCAAGCGCCUGUGGCUGUUGGUGAUCAGUGUCCAAUACUGGGCUUUCUUUGCUCUCUUCACUGUCAUUCUCACUGUGACAUUCCUGUGCCCAUCACACGAGCAGAAGCACUGUUGGGCAGCUCUCAUCUCCAUGUACACCUUCGUCCUGCUCUUCUUUGCUGCACCCCUGCUCAUUUCAAUCACAAGUGAUUUCAUUAAGGCCAAGUGUGGCUCCCAGCAGCAGCAGCCUAAGAGGCGUGACAUCGUUAUCCACCUCACUGCACUGUUAACUGUCAUCCUCAGCUUCUGCCAUUUCCUGCAGCAGCUCGGGUACAUCGUUGUGCCAUCCCAAUUUUUUUUCCUGUUCGCCAGCAUCAACAGCAGCAUCAAACCCUUCAUCUGCUUCUUGGUUGGUAGCUGGAGGACAGACAACUCCAUGCAGAACUCCUGGAGGUCCUGCUCCAUGGCGAGCUGCUGCAAGCACUGUACAGUGGGGGCCCUCAGGGAUUCCCUCCAGAGGGUCUUUGAGAAGCAGAAAGAAAAAACUGACCACAGGGAUGAUGACACCAGGGAUACAGUGAUCUGA